CACAGCGAUGAGAAGCCCGUGCACCGUGACGAAGAGCAGCCCCCGCUCGCCACAACUAGAGAAAGCCCGCACGCAGCAACGGAGACCCAACGCGGCCAAAAAUAAAUCAAUCAAUCAAAAAAUAAAAGGCAGCGGCGUAUUCUGCGUCCUCUGACUUACUGUUAACGAAGACUGCUACCAUCUGAGUCCGGGGCGUCCGAGGCUGGCUGCACCAACAAUGGUAGGGGCGCCCGGUAGGUGCACUCCUUCCUUGUUAGGAGCCGAUAAGGGGUGGACCCAAGAUUAAAGGUCAUCCCGGUGCACUGUGUGAAUGGUGAGGAUUUCCCCUACCCUGCAGCAGACACAGGCCAAGUUCCACGGAAGCCGUCUAGGAAGCAGCCCAUGGGAGGGCUCAGCUACUCAUCCGUUCAACAGACAAACAGCUACUGCGGAGACCCUGGAGGGUUGCCAUUGGGGAGAGCGCAGGAAGACCCUUCAAGAACUCGGUGAGAACACUGUCAAAAAAACUGUCCAAAUAUAUCACUUUUUCAUAGGUCUGGAGAUUAAAGGCUUGCACCAGUCCAAGGGUGUUUAAGGAAACCAGCUGAUUCUCAGCACAGCGAGAUUUGUGGCACUGUCACUUGCCCCGUUGCCAGACCCCUCCUUAGCAGCUGCACGCAGGGUCAAGAUGGGCUGGUGCUUUCUCAGCCCCCUGAUCAGAAAACUGUCAUCAUCUGCAGUGUCUGGUAGUUCCCUGGAAAACCCCAUCUGCAAGGCUUGUCUUUGACCUGACUGCCUUUUCCCUGGGGGUGUUCAUCAAAAACAAUCAGUGGCAGUUUAUUUGACAUUGAGGCAAGGACAAACUAACAAAAAACCUCUUCUUUUUUUUAACAAGAAAGGCUGGAGAAUGAGAUGCCCUGGAGACCCUGAGCAGGCACAAUUAUUACUAAAGGAUUUUAAGCAAAGGGGUAACACAGAACAAUUUAUGUUUUAAACAAGUUGACUUGGGGAAUUCCCUGGUGGUCCAGGGGUUAAGACUUGGGCUUUCACUGCCGUGGACCCAGGUUUGACCCCUGGUCGGGGAACUAAGAUCCCACAAGUGAUGCGGUGUGGCCAAAAAAAAAAAAAAGUUGACUUGGGCUGCAGUAAAUGAUUUGGAGGGUGUGGUGUUAGAGACUAGUAUGCAGUGAAGAUGGAGAAAAGUGGGCAAAAUAUAAGAUUUUUGAAGGCAGGGCCCUUAGGAUUUGUUGAUGGACUGGCUGGGAGGGGACACAAGGGAAGAGGUAGAGGAUGGCUCCCCAACUCCUAGCUUUAGUAUCUAGUGGAUGAUGGUGCCAUUUCCCGAAGCAGGGUCCAGGGCAGACCACGUUUUUAGGGAAAAUCAAGAAUUUGGGCAUGAUAAACUUCAGAUGCCUAUGAGACAUCUAAGAGAAGACAAGCCUGGAGCCCAGAGGUCAGGGUGCGAGAAAGGAAUUUUGGUCUUCAGGAAACACGGCGUGAGAGCUAUGUGACAGGAUGAAAUCAAGGAAGGGGAGAAGGAAAAAUGGCCCAUCGAGAGGUUAAUGGAGGAGGCCAAGGCAGCAACAGUGAGCUGGGAGGAAGACCAGAAGGCGGAGACAGAGACCUUCAGAGAGAAGUCACCAACUGCGUGCAAUGCUGGAGGGUCAGGACAGAGGCCAGGAAAUACCUACUGGACGUGGUGACAAGGAGGUGAUGAGCAAUUCAGGCGAGAGCACCGUCAGUGACACGGCGGGGAGACACGGCGCUCUAGAGGGCGGGGAGCGAACAAUUUAGUUUUAGCAAAAUUCCAUCACACUAAUCUGAAUUUGUCCUGUGAUCUUACACUUUGUAUUAUGAGCUGCAAGACAGCCUUGGAUAUGCGCCGAGUUUUGUAUUCGCACCUACUGUGCUUCAAUGAAUCCAAGGCUGCGUUGUAUGUCCCACUAAGAAAAAUGCUAAAAUGGCGGAGGCGACAAGACCUCUCCUGGCCCCAGUGACGAUGGCAGCGUUUCAUGAGGUGGAGAUCAAGGACUUCCAAUAUGACGAGGUCUCGGAGAUGUACUUCUACCCCUGCCCGUGUGGGGAUAACUUCUGCGUCACCAAGGAACACACGGAGAAUGGGGAAGAUGUGGCAACGCGCCCUGGCUGCUCUCUCAUUAUAAAAGCGAUCUAUGACAAAGGUCGGUUUACAUGUGGCGGGACAGUCCCAGCCCCUCCCCCCAGUGAAGAACUAGUUAAAUGCCGAAGACUCAGGACUCCAGAGCCUCAACUUUGGGGAAGGAGCCAAGCUGGGAAAAUCGAACGCCACGUCACCGGCUUCUUCACGGGGACAAUCCUUGUGCAGUUUGCUGUUUGUUAGUGCGGAUUCUUUCCGUCAGCUGCCAGGUUCACCUCCAGCUGAAGAAGCAA